CGCCCGGUGAAAUAUGCCGUUCAAUAACAACAACUUGGCGCUGACCUUACGUCGUCCGUCGACGAGCAAGAUUACCUGUGCUAUCGAUGUAUGCAAGUGUGUCGCCAAGUCAUGGAGCGAGGAUAUCAUAUCAGACCCGACUUUUCUUCCCAAGUAUUGCGAAAGAACAAAAAAUUUGUCAGGAUUCUUUCUUCAAGACAUUCGACGUUGGGGGUACAUCUCCAUGUUCGUAUCCGUCGAUGGAUCGAUAUCUGAUCGUAUGGCUCACCUUCUCAAUGGUACGAAGAUAUUGGCAUCGUGCAAUCAAGGGAUUUUGUGUUGCGAGAAAAUAAUAAACUCACGAUAUUGUCGAUAUUAUGUUGGGAAGCCGGCUACGGAACAAUGGCUACCGUUGCCUAAUCCUAAGCUUCGACGUCGGACCGAAGGAGUUGCCAUAAGGGUUUUCGAGUCUAAUCCUUUACGGUUCAAGAUUAUUCGAAUUUCGAACAAAGGGUUUCUGAAGUAA